AUGAUUCUCCUCUCUGAUCUUGAGUUGUUGCCUUCUAGCAAUUGGUUUUCUCCUUCAUUCAUAUAUUGUACUUGUACCUCCAGCAAUCUACCUGAAUCUGAGCUGUAUACUCUAGUUUGGCAAGGAUUACCAGGGGAAUCACCCAUGGAGAGGCGUUCAAGAGCUAGUCUUCAUGAUUUUGGUGUGCUUGAAGCUUCACCGAUAUCACUCGGCAUCGGAAGAUACACUGGAUUUACUGAAGACAUAUCAAGCUGCCUCAAAGUUGAAGCAAGGCCAAUAUCGGGCUAA